CUUGAAUAUUGAACUUGUUACCGUUGUCUGCAGUGAUAUCAUAACACUGCAAUAUGAAGACGCGCUCAUAUGACCGCCACCCGUCUCCAUCUCUGGGAUAGACUCAGGUUCUGUGACCAGGGCAAAAGGCUGACAUGGGGCAUAAACGUAGGAGGAAGGACGCCAGCUGAACCCAUGAUCCCUCUGCCAGCGUCAGACCUAAGAAGGAAGUAAAAAAAUAAAAUGGCUCAGUCUGUGAGGAGGCCUGAGACUCUGGGACACAUGGAUCAUGAUCCCCAAAGGGACAAGACCAGGACCAGCUACUUUGGCAAUGUCAAGACCAGGCUGGGUUCUAAGCUCCCUCCUGGCGUCACUCAGCCUCCACAGUUCACUAAACGACCCUGGGAGACUCAACCUCAGGCCCGAGCCAUGCAGGAGCCCACAGCCUGCCGUAGCCAGCUUCAGCAGCAGAGUCAACCCCUCAUCGGCCGUCCCCUCGACCACAUCCCUCACAUCAGAAACCCCAAACUGCGACAGUACUAUCUGCAAGGGACUUCACUGGAUCUAAACAAUACUGCAGUGAAGCAGGAGCACAUGGCAGGGCCGUCAGAUGACAGAGCAGGCAGCAGGGGUCCCCCUGGGGACACCGUAUUCAGCGUCUCAUCUCAGUUCAGCAGUAACGGGACAUCUUCAGCUGAAGAGGACAAGAUGGGUCACAAUUCCUCCUUAAAUGUUGUGUCCUUUUCUUCUACUCUCAUCCCCAGAGAGCAGCUGGUCGUCCCGAAGGGAAAAAACACUUCAACCGAUGGAGGAUCGUCUAAACCGGAGCUGCACUCUCACUCUGAACCCCACCUGAAGACAGACAAGGAGGCGGACCCCGAGUCUGUGGAGACCCUCUCUGCUCAGCCUCAGUCCCCUUCACCGGAGGCGGAGUAUGACAAACUACUGGACGUGGAGGCUGUGCCGAUGCCUGACGGUCAGCUCUGCUUAUUGGCUCUCCCACCAGAAUGCUGUCAGGGAGAGGGUCCAGAGGCCAUGCAGUACCUCAAACUGUUCUGUCGCUACAUUACAGACCGUAAGGGUGUGGUUUCAGGUAUCCUGCUGGUGACUCCGAAUAAAAUCUUCUUUGACCCGUGUAAGACUCAUCCUCUGGUGAAGGAGCACGGCUGUGAGGAGUACCUCCUCUCCUGCUCUGUUGAUAGCCUGGCUUCUGUCUCCUUCUUCUCUGACAUCUCACAUGUCUACUUCAGCAAGUCCCAGCAGAGGAGAAAAGGAAAGAAAAUUUUCCAGAAGUUGAAAUCUGCAAGAAGGCGAGCAGGAGGCCCCUCAAACCAAAAGGGGGACUCGACCCAGGCUCUGGUCUCUGUGGCUCCGUCUGAUUUGUCCGGUUUGGCUCUGAGCCUGACCAAGGAGGUUUCUGUGGAGGAAGAAGAGGAGGAGGAGGCAGAGAGCAGAGACAUGGCUGAGGCUGAGGGGGAGCUGGAUAAAAGCCCACCAGAGGGGCUGCUAGAGGAGCCAACAGGAGUUCUUGGAGUGGCUGUCCUGAGCAGUGCUGCCACCUUCUGCUGUGGAGGUCAAGAAGCUGAGAGGAGGGGGAAGAUGGAGCAGCGGAGCAGAGAUGACAGAGAGAAAUCAUCAGUGAAGAGCCAAACUGCAGUGCCUUGCAGGUUGACAGCAGGAAGUUCAGGGAGUGUGAUGUUUGUGCGGCUGCGGGUUCAGCCGACUGCAGGGAAGAAAAAGGCUGGCGGGGGUCUUCAGCUUGGAGCAGCCAAAACUUCACCUAGAAGGGAGGCCUGGCUUGCUCUUUCACAAGAAAGCGCUGACGAGCUGUACGCCUACCUGUCUCACUGUCGGCCAGACCUGUGCAUACUAGAGGGGGGAGAGGAGGGUGGGGAGGCGGACCGGGAUGAAGAGGGGUUCGUGCUCAUAGAGGACAGAGAGGAAGAAGAGGAGGAGGAUAAUGAGAAGGAGGAAGAGGUUUUUCAGAGGCACCGCAGCACCGGGGACGACUGGGAGAUGGUGUUGAUGGAGGACAGCGGGGAAAGGCCGACCCUCAUCGUAGACAGGGAUCCAGAGGGACUACUGAAUAUUGUAGAGAGCAGCAAUGUUUUAGAGGCUUCACAUGUCCAAGAGCUGUGUAAGGAGCUUCCUGCUCGAACAGUCGGCCACACCUGGCAGCUGGCUUACAGUACAUCCCGCCAUGGCGCCAGCCUCAAAUCCCUCUACAGAAAACUCAGCUCCACAGACUCCCCCGUGCUUGUAGUCAUUAAAGAUGCUCUGGAUGAGAUAUUUGGGGCCUUCCUCUCUCACCCUCUGAGGCCCAGUGAGACGUUCUACGGUACGGGUGAAACCUUCCUCUUCAUGCUGCAUCCUCGAUUCAAGUGCUUCAGAUGGACGGGAGAAAACUCCUUUUUCAUCAAAGGAGACCUGGACUCGUUUGCCAUUGGUGGAGGAAGUGGUCACUUUGGUCUGUGGGUAGAUGAGAAUCUGUACCUGGGUCGCAGCAGCCCCUGCUACACCUUCAAUAACUGCUGCCUCGCUGAAACCGACGACUUUCGAGUCAUGGAGCUGGAAGUGUGGACAUUCAGCUGAGGAGACUGAGCGGACUCUCUUUGACUCGUCUUUAUCAAGACAGCAUUUAUUACCCCGAACACAGCCGCUCACUCAUUUCACGGCAACAUCCAUGUAAAGACAAAAACUGCAGGACUCAUCCGCCUGACUGAGUGCUUUGGACUUAAGUGAACUGAACGAUGCUCAGAGUCCCUGAAUGGUGAGGUUUAAUGGCUGGCUGUGUCAUUAUUGACUCAUUCCUGUGGGUUUGGCAGACAGACAGAGUUCUGCAGAGCCCAGAGGACCUGAACUGUUAUGAAACUGGAUUCCUUGAAUUCUAACUGUUGAAUGGAGUUGGUUACAAGCCUCAGAGACUGCACUUUUAAUGUGAAUCAGUAAAUCCAUGAUAUCAUCAUUUAUAAUGCAAACACGACACACUAACCUCUAAGGUAAUGCAUGUCCCCUUUUCACACAGCUGUGCUUGUUUUAUCCUGAAAGUUUCAAAGACACUUUAGUCUCCUUAACAGCAGAUUUUUGCAGGUCACAGAUCCAUAAAUAUUCCAUAGAGGGCAAUCAUGUUUAGAUUAUCAUAAAGUGUCAGAAAUACACGAUAGUGCUGAAAUAAGACCACGUGGAGCGUCUCAUCUUAAGAACAUCUGUUCUCACAAAGGAUCUUUGACCAUCACUCAUGGCUAUUUCAGACUCUGAGAGCUUACUCAUACUUCACCAUGGUUUCUGAACACAAAUAUCUGUAUCAAAUUAAACCCAACAGUAUUGUCCUCUCACUCCAGAAGUCUGUUCUACUUUGCUCAUGUGGAGCAGCGUUCGUCUGUCUGUUCAGUUAAAAACAAGAAUAAAACGGCACAAAGUGCAAACAG